CAAGCACAGUGUAUCCCUAUAUGUCAACCUGCCUGUGAACCUCAAUGUAUACAAACACAAUCUCUUGUUCAAGCUUCACCAGCUAUAGCCGUAGGAGCUUCCCCACUUGUAUGUAUGCCAGCCUGCCGACCAGCCUGUGAACCCUCAUGUAUUCAGAACGUUCUCCAACUGAUUCAAACCUCAAUCCCAGAAAGCAAACAAUGUAUUCUUAUCUGUAUGCCUCUAUGCGCUCAGGAGUGCAUUCAAGCAUAUACGCCUACAGCCUCAACCCCUGCACCUCAACCCUCUUCAGCUGUGCCAGGUUUUUUGCCAACCACAGCACAACCACAGCCAUUGUCAUCGUCCACACCUCCACAACAACCCCAAUGUAUCCCUGUUUGUCAACCCUCUUGUGAACCUUCAUGCAUCAUGCAACAGAAUCAGAAUACAGUACAGGUAGGUCUGCUUAAUUCUUUCCUGCCCUUCCUUGCACUAUUCAUCAAAUUAGACCAUUUAACCUACCCUAUCCUUAAAGAGAAAUAA